CCCAACAUUGCCAACUUUCUAAUUAUGAAUUCCAGACGAAAAUUUUUCGAUACUCAGGAUGGGAGAGAUCAUUCGUUCCAAUGCUCCUUUGCUAAUGAUUUCUGAUCUGAGUAUCGCCGGGCUGAAGGCUGCAGAAAGCCCCGAGGUCACGCUUGUGGAGGUCAGCGAAGUCAGCUCAACUUGUUCAUUCCUCGAUUUGCCCAGGGAGAUAAGAGAUCAGAUCUACUCCCUCAUAUUUCUUUCCGAUGGACCUAUGUAUCCAAGUCGAGCUCGAGCAGGAAUUGCUGAGUACCUUGGUCUCCUCCGCACAAAUCAGCAGGUCUAUUCUGAAGUCGUCGAGAUCUUAUACGGACGAAACACUUUUCAGAUAAGAGGAGAACCACGCUGGAAAGCCCCCGAGCUUCUCAAUCUGCUCAGUAGCCAAAGACGAGAUGGUUUCAUACAUCCCUCCAUGUGGGCCUUCCAUACCAACAAGAUCUGUCUCGCCAGAUUGCACCUGAAGAAGCUCUACAUUCCAUCUCACAACAUCAAUCUGGAACGACUCAAACAUCUGUUCUCACUUCUAAAAUACUUUCCAAAUCUGGAACACCUUCGAGUUGUGUACACGGGAUCCUUUGGUGUAAAGGAUAUGGAGGUGGUCAAUAUCUGUCGCCUGUUUCGAGAUCGACGACCCUUGGUGGAGGAUUUUGUUCUUUGUAAACGGAUUCGCUACUCGGAGGCGGAGGAUAUUUCAUGGAUGAUUUUGGAGAAACCCUACAGAAAUUGGACGAGCAUUUCCGAUACCGCGGACAUGCGGCAUAUGUGGGAGAAUUCGGAUGGAGUGGUUCGACAAGCAAUGGUGGUAAAUGCUCCCCAGAGCAUACCAGAAUGAUCCUCGGUUCUUUGAGAUUCUAAGUGAAAUGAGAUUGAGAUUGAGAUUCGGUUACCUGGUCACAUCAUCACUCUUGUGUACGUUUCCGACUACCUACACUUCCUUUCUUGUCUCUUGCAAGCGAGCGUGGAUAUCUCAACGAAGCAUGGCUUUGGUCAAUAGAUAUAAUAUGAUAAGAAUUCGAACAUCGGUACUGAACAUCUUUAAUGAGCUUGUGGACGCUGUUAAUGGAGUUGAGAAAUAUUUCCAAACGGCUUGGGAGAGCUCGAGUGCUUAGGUUGAUGGGCUGGACGGCUUCCCUUUUGAUGUUGGAGCUACUGGCUGUGAACUUGGACUUGUCAGUCAAUAAUUCGAGACAUCGGCGUGGUACCUUCUGCGCAUCUAUGAUCGCACGGACCAUCUUUCUUAGACAUAAUAUAAUAAAAC